GCAAUUUCAGCGGCUGCAGUUUUCCCGCCGGAGGCAGGGUCAGCGACAUCUUCCCUACUGCGCAGUCGCAGUGCCUUGGCGCAUGGAGGUGGUGACGGUUCAGUGUUUGGUGGCUGCCUUGGUCCUAGCUUGUGGUUUCCUGUGGGUAUGGAACGCCUCAGUACGAGCGAAGAAUCAAGAGCAGACUGCCCUGCUGGGAGACGGAAAUCGGAGCCUCCUAGUGAUCGCGCACCCAGACGACGAAGCCAUGUUCUUUGCUCCCACAGUGUUAGGCUUGGCCCGCCUGAGGCACCGGGUGUUCCUACUAUGCUUCUCCUCAGGAAAUUACUACAAUCAAGGGGAGAUUCGUAAGAAAGAACUUUUGCAGAGCUGCAGUGUCUUGGGGAUUCCACCCUCCAGUGUACAAAUUAUUGACAACAGGGACUUCCCAGAUGACCCAUGUGUACAGUGGGACACAAAUCAUGUGGCCAGUAUCCUCCUACAGCACAUAAAAGCGAAUGGCAUCAGUCUGGUGGUGACUUUCGAUGCAGGGGGAGUGAGUGGCCACAGCAAUCAUGUCGCUCUGUAUGCAGCUGUGAGGACCCUGCACUCAGAAGGGAAGCUACCUAAAGGGUGCUCUGUGCUCACGCUUCAGUCUAUGAAUGUGCUGCGCAAGUACAUCUCCCUUCUGGACCUGCCCUUGUCUCUGCUUCAUACCCAGGACGUCCUGUUUGUACUCACCAAGGAGGAAGUUGCACAGGCCAAGGUGAGGGUUACAAAUGCCUGGACAUCCCAACACCACAUCUGUGCCCCAGACACUCUUAUUUCUCAAAAUCCCGCCUCUGUAGAGGUUCUAAUCCAGGACCUUCCGUAGUGCUUCUACAUCUGUCUCUGAGUGUCAGCACUAUGCAGCUAGAGUCACAGAUUUUUAGCAAC